UCUUGCUCACCCAAGCCCAAAUGACUAGCCUACCACCCCCAAAUUAGCCGGCGACACCACAACCCAAGUAUUGGCCAUUGUGCUACGUACUCAAAUAAAUUUGCAUCCUUGUCAAUAGCACAUCUAUUCCAUUGCAACUACAUAUCGUAGCCUGACUUGCACUUGCAUCCAUCCAUAUAUCUAUCGCCACCCACCGGAUAGGGAAGAGAGAGAUUGAGAGAUGGCUGACCUGACCCAAGGUGCGGUGGACUCACUGGUGGGCCUGCUGGCGACGGUGAUUACAAAAGAGGUAAGGCUGCAGAAGGGCGUGCAGCGUGACAUGCAGUUCAUCAAGGACGAGAUGGAGAGCAUGAACGGCUUCCUCAUCCACCUCACGAAGACGGACGGCAUGCACGACAACCAGCUCCGCGCGUGGAUGAAGCAGAUCCGUGAUAUCUCCUACAUCGCCCAGGACUGCGUCGAGCUCUACAAGCAUGAUUUCCCCAGCCCGUCUGGCAGGGGCCUUCAGGCCUUCGUCAAGUACCUCCCCAUGCUCCUAUGGAGGUGUUGUGCACGCCACCGCUUGGCCAAGAGGAUCAAUGAGCUCAAGGUCCGCGUCCAUGACGUCGGCCAGAGGAGGGAGCGCUACGGCGUUAUCAUCCCCACGGUUGAGGAGCCCCCGCUGACGCUGGCCGAGGUCCGACCUAGCCAGGAUGAGAUCGACGAGGCCAGAGAAGAAUUUGCACGUGCGCUAGCACGUGACAAGAAGAAGCAGGAGCUCCCUGUUUUUAAAGAGGCCAUCCUCCUCGUUAAUAAGGAUCUUCAAUCGGCAGCCACCGAUGUACGUAGGUGCCUCCAUAAAAAUUUGUCACAAGAUCGGAGUGCGGCCGUCUGCAUGGAGAUGCUUCUCCGUGCUCUUUGGGACCAUAGCGAUGUCCACCGGGCGGUCGAGAAGACGAAGGGAGAACUGAAGAAAUUAGUCAAGGAAGCGGGCAUGGAUAUCAAAGAUUUUCCGACUCAAGUGAUGAUCUUCUGCUACAGCAAGUUGUCCAGGAGUUACAAGAGCUGCUUGCAGUAUCUCUAUGCCUUCCACGAUGAAGCCAGCAUCAGUAGGACGAGCUUGGUCCGGCGAUGGCUUGCUGAAGGCCGUGUGGAGAAGCAAGUUGAUGCUUCCCUCAAGGAGGUGGAGAAGCAAGUUGCUGCUUCCCUUGAGGAGGUAGCGGAGAUCUGCUUCAAAGAUCUCCUCUUCCGGGGGUUCCUUCUUCCUGCCGACGACCCAACCACUGCCACCUGCAAGGUCAAGAGCUGCACAAUUGAUGACAUCAUCUGGAAGUUCCUCCAUCGUAUGUCCACAACUGAGAAUUUUGUGGACAACCUGCCGACUCACCUCGAAUACCAGCUUCGCAUCCGACGCUAUGUGAAACGGCAAGCAGAGCAACUACAGAAGAAUCAUCCACGACCACGACACCCUUGGAGCAUCUGCGGCCGCGGGAUGCCACCGCCGGAUGACAACACGGCGGUGGAUCCCAAUCCCAUGGUUGACAUGCUCAACUUCCUCGAGUGUCUUCACCAAGCCUACCGGCUGAACGUGCUGGAUCUUGGGGGCUGCAAGGGUCUACAAAAGAGACACCUCAAGAGCAUCUGCAAGGUGGUCUCGCUCAAGUACCUUAGCCUCCGGAACACGGAUGUCUCCCACCUGCCCUGGGAGAUCAACAAUCUCAUAAUGCUGGAGACACUCGACAUCCGGGAAACUAAGGUACGGGGUCGGCACAUGAACUACAUUUACCUCCGAAAGCUAAAACACCUGCUUACUAGCCUGAAGAUGACGACGGAGGAGGAGACACUCUGCUGGGCGGGUAUGCCUGGUAGGAUCGGGAAGAUGGAAGACAUGGAGAUACUGUCUCGUGUCCAGGUCUGGUACGGCAAGAAGGAAUUCGAAGAAGUUGGCCGGCUGCUGAAGCUUAGGAAGCUGGGCGUGGUUCUCGUCGGUAGCCAAAGCCAAGCUCAAUACAGCAUGAUCAAUCUGCUCCGAGCAAUCACCAAGCUGAGAGAGUGCUUACGCUCUCUUUCAAUAUGGGUUACUCCUCCAUCCACCAAUGUCGAGCCUAGUGUCACUCUGAAUAUGGAGAUGACAUCAGAGCAAAGUGCACCCAAGUUACUCAAGAGCUUGAAUAUCAAGGGCGUGCGCUUUCCCAACUCCAGGCUGCCUCGCUGGAUCUGCGAGCUGCAUCUACUCUCUGAGAUUACACUGUGGAACACUUUUCUAUCUAAAGACUCUCUGCAGGACCUUGGCAACAAUCUCCAUCACUUGCACUUCCUUCGGCUCCGUCGCAACUCGUACAACGAGCACAAGCUCACCUUCAGCAAGGAUGGAUUCCAAGACCUCAGGUUCCUCAUCAUCGAGGGCGACAUCAUCACCACCGUCGACUUUGAAGAAGACAUCACAACACAUUUACCUCAGCUCAAGAAGAUCCUUUGGCGCAACAUGGCCGUCAAGAAGGAAGCACCUUGCCCUCAGCUCAAGAAGAUCGUUUGGCGCAACAUGGCCAUCAAUCAGGCGGGCACGCUUUCUGGAAUCUGCCACCUUGACAUGUUGAAAGAGGUGGAGCUCAAGGGCCACUUCACCGACUCGAGCUUCAUUCCACACAGCAACGGGUGCAAACCGAGGCAUGAGCCAUGAGCUAUGUGUUGCGUGACCGAUUCUCUCUCGAUCUAUUUGUGUGUCGUGCCUGAAUAAGUAUGUGUGCAUGUAAACGUAUGUGUGCAUGCUUGUUACGUAAUUGGUUGUGAUUUACUUUGAUAUGUGUAUCGACGACCUUGCUGUUGGAUGUAUUUGUAUGUGAAAACUUAUUUAUAUAUAUUCGUGUGUGUUUAUUCAA